AUGACCGGAAAAGAUGUUAAAGGGAAUAAAGUCAGUUAUUUUACAUUUCCAAAGGAAGACGGUCGCAUAAAACGUUGGUUAGAAAAUGCAGGGAUGGAGCCAGGAAUGGUUGAGGAGUACGUACCCAUAAUCAAAAACGACUUGUGCUCAGAAAACUAUCGAUUAUGUUCUGCCCACUUCGAAGCUCAAGCAAUUACAAUGCGUGGAACGCAAAGAAGACUCCUCCCCGAAGCGGUACCUACCAUCUUUACUGAUGUCUCUACACCGACAAUUAAUGGAAAGAAGUGGCUGAACAAACUCAAAAAAUUAUGGACAAGAGAAGGGAUGAGGGCCAUUACCGAUACAACUGCCAUGGAAAAACAAAGUUGUUCAUGCAAUUGUCAUAUUUCCGCUCAGUUACAAAAUGUUUUACGGAUGGACGUCGGCACGCAAACUACCCAAGAUACGGAAGAUUUCAUUCCCUCUGAACCAUGUUAUUCCAAAAUUGCCACCCCGCAAGCCAUUGGUUCAGAUCACACAUAUUCUAGGAAAGAGGAAUGUCCCAUGUCACCAACAUUAACGUCUACACCGAGUGGAAACCUUGAGGAUUAUAAUAGUGUUAUUAAAGAAGAGUACACGCAAGAGGACGAGGAAUAUGGUACUGUGCGGGACGGUGCCGUUCUUCCAACAGAUAAGAGGUUUUCCUGUACUGAGUGCGGGAAGUGUUUCCGUUUUAAGUCUGGUCUUUAUGUUCAUAAAAAAUUUCAUACAGGUGAGAAGCCACAUUCCUGUUCUGAGUGCGGGAAACGUUUUGUAAAAAAAUCUGAACUUGUCACACAUCAGAGGUCUCACACGGAGGAAAAGCCGUAUUCCUGUACUGAGUGCGGGAAAUGUUUUUUAAGUACUUCCAGUCUUUCCUAUCAUCAGAGGUUGCACACGGGUGAGAAGCUGCAUUCCUGUUCUGAGUGCGGGAAAUGUUUUUCAUGUAAGUCACAUCUUGACACACAUCAGAGGUUGCACACGGGUGUGAAGCCGUAUUCCUGUUCUGAGUGCGGAAAAUGUUUUUCAGAUAAGUCCAGUCUUUCCAAACAUCAGAGAUCUCACACGGGGGAAAAGCCGUAUUGCUGUUCCGAGUGUGGAAAAUGUUUUUUAGUUAAGUCGCUUCUUGACACACAUCAGAGGUCUCACACGGGUGAGAAGCCGCAUUCUUGUCCUGAGUGCGGGAAGUGUUUUUCUACGAAGUCACAUCUUAAUAUACAUCAGAGAUCUCACACGGGUGAGGAGCCAUAUUCCUGUCCUGAGUGCGGAAAAUGUUUUUCACAGAAGUGCAAUCUUUACAGACAUCAGAGAUCUCACAUGAGGGAGAAGAGUGGAAACCUUGAGGAUUAUAAUAGUGUUAUUAAAGAAGAGUACAAGCAAGAGGACAAGGAAUAUGGUCAGACUGUGCGGGGCGGUGCCGUCCUUCCAACAGAUAAGAGGUUUUCCUGUCCUGAGUGCGGGAAGUGUUUCAAUUCUAAGUCUAGUCUUAAUAUGCAUAAAAAAUGUCAUACAGGUGAGAAGCCACAUUCCUGUUCUGAGUGCGGGAAAUGUUUUUUAGCGAAGUCGCUCCUUCUCACACAUCAGAGGUCGCACACGGGUGAGAAGCCAUAUUCCUGUUCUGAGUGCGGGAAAUGUUUUUCAGCUAAGGCGCAUCUUGAUGGACAUCAGAGGUCUCACACGGGUGAGAAGCCGUAUUCCUGUCCUGAGUGCGGGAAAUGUUUUUCAGAGAAAUCGCAUCUUGAUAGACAUCAGAAGUCUCACACAGGUGAGAAGCCAUAUUCCUGUACUGAGUGCAGGAAAUGUUUUUUAACGAAGCAGCAUCUUGAUACACAUCAGAGGUCUCACACGGGUGAGAAGCCGUAUUCCUGUUCUGAGUGUGGGAAAUGUUUUUCAGAUAAGUCGCAUCUUCACAAACAUCAGAGAUCACACACGGGGGAGAAGCCGUAUUCCUGUUCUGAGUGUGGGAAAUGUUUUAUAAGGAAGUCGCAUCUUCACAAACAUCAGAGAUCACACACGGGUGAGAAGCCGUAUUCCUGUUCUGAGUGUGGGAAAUGUUUCUCAGAUAAGUGGCAUCUUGAUACACAUCAGAGGUCGCACACGGGUGAGAAGCCGUAUUCCUGUCCUGAGUGUGGGAAAUGUUUUUCAGAUAAGUUCAGUCUUUUCUAUCAUCAGACAUCACACACUGGUGAGAGGCCGUAUUCCUGUCCUGAGUGUGGGAAAUGUUUUCCAGUUAAGUCAGAUCUUCUCAAACACCAGAGAUCACACACGGGUGAGAAGCCGUAUUCCUGUUCUGAGUGCGGGAAAUGUUUUUCAGUUAAGUCGUAUCUUAAUACACAUCAGAGAUCACACACAGGUGAGAAGCCAUAUUCCUGUGCUGAGUGUGGCAAAUGUUUUUCACAGAAGUCCAAUCUUCUCAAACAUCAGAGAUCUCACACAGGGGAGAAGCCGUUUUCCUGUACUGAGUGUGGGAAGUGUUUCCGUUUUAAGUCUGGUCUUCAUGUUCAUAAAAAAUUUCAUACAGGUGAGAAGCCACAUUCCUGUUCUGAGUGCGGGAAACGUUUUGUACAAAAAUCUGAUCUUGUCACACAUCAGAGGUCUCAUAUGGGGGAAAAGCCGUAUUCCUGUACUGAGUGCGGGAAAUAUUUUUCAAGUACUUCCAGUCUUUCCUAUCAUCAGAGGUUGCACACCGGUGAGAAGCUGCAUUCCUGUCCUGAGUGCGGGAAAUGUUUUUCACGUAAGCCACAUCUUGACGCACAUCAGAGAUCUCACACGGGUGAGAAGCCGUAUUCCUGUCCUGAGUGCGGGAAAUGUUUUUCAAGUAGUUCCAGCCUUUCCUGUCAUCAGAGGUUGCACACGGGUGAGAAGCCGCAUUCCUGUUCUGAGUGCGGGAAAUGUUUUACAGAAAAGUCCACUCUUUCCAAACAUCAGAGAUCUCACACGGGUGAGAAGCCAUAUUCCUGUUCUGAGUGCGGGAAAUUUUUUUCAGCUAAGGCGCAUCUUGAUAGACAUCAGAGGUUGCACACGGGUGAGAAGCCGUAUUCCUGUCCUGAGUGCGGGAAAUGUUUUCCAGAGAAGUCGCAUCUGGAUAGACAUCAGAAGUCUCACACAGGUGAGAAGCCAUAUUCCUGUACUCAGUGCAGUAAAUGUUUUUUAACGAAGCAGCAUCUUGAUACACAUCAGAGGUCUCACACGGGUGAGAAGCCGUAUUCCUGUCCUGAGUGUGGGAAAUGUUUUUCAAGGACAUCCACUCUUUACAGACAUCGGAGAUCUCACACUGGGGAGAAUCCCUAU